ACUUUGUUAAAAAAACGAAAUUUUACGUGUACAAGAUGUGGGGACUGAGACCUGUCCACCGUAUGUAGCCACAAAGCUAAGCCUCCAGUCCUAGAUACCAGUACUAGUGCUGCUCUCCCUACACUCGCUCCCCCCUACGUGCUAGAGAGAUGUCUCGUGCUCCUACGCUCGCUGCCGCUGCCGCGGUGGCGGCCGUCGUCCUCAUCUGCUCCUCCUCAACGGCUACCGCGGCGGACGGCAACGCGAGGCAGCCGCCGCUGGCCCCGGGCCUGUCCUUCGACUUCUACAAGCGCAGCUGCCCUAAGGCGGAGUCCAUCGUGCGGAGCUUCGUGCAGGACGCCGUGCGCAGGGACGUCGGCCUCGCCGCCGGCCUCCUCCGCCUCCACUUCCACGACUGCUUCGUGCAGGGCUGCGACGCCUCCGUGCUCCUCGACGGCUCCGCCACCGGGCCGGGAGAGCAGCAGGCGCCGCCCAACCUCACGCUGCGCCCCACCGCGUUCAAGGCCAUCAACGACAUCCACGACCGCCUCCACAAGGAGUGCGGCGGCACCGUCGUCUCCUGCUCCGACGUCCUCGCGCUCGCCGCACGGGACUCCGUCGUCGUGUCCGGCGGGCCGAGCUACAAGGUGCCCCUGGGUCGUCGCGACAGCGCGAGCUUUGCGACGCAGCAGGACGUCCUGAGCGGGCUCCCGCCGCCGACGGCCGCGGUGCCGGCGCUCCUCGCCGUGCUGUCCAAGAUCAACCUGGACGCGACGGACCUGGUGGCGCUGUCAGGCGGGCACACCAUCGGGCUGGGCCACUGCACGUCGUUCGAGGACCGCCUGUUCCCGCGCCCGGACCCGACGCUGAACGCCACCUUCGCCGGCCAGCUCCGGCGGACAUGCCCGGCGAAGGGCACCGACCGCCGGACGCCGCUGGACGUGCGCACGCCCAACGCGUUCGACAACAAGUACUACGUGAACCUGGUGAACCGUGAGGGGCUCUUCACCUCGGACCAGGACCUCUUCAGCAACGCCCGCACCAGGGCCCUCGUCGACAAGUUCGCGCGCAGCCAGAGGGACUUCUUCGACCAGUUCGCCUUCUCCGUGGUGAAGAUGGGGCAGAUCAAGGUGCUGACGGGCACGCAGGGGCAGAUCCGCACCAACUGCUCCGCACGCAACGCCGCCGGGACGACGAUGCUGCCGUGGUCCGUCUCCGUCGUCGAGGAGGCUGCAGAUGAGAGCCUCGGCGUGUUCUAGAACUAGGUGUGCCGGCCGGCGUCUGCUGGCUGCCGUGGUUAGCUACAGCUAGCCUUACGUACGUGGUCGGUCGGUGUCUACGCACGUGGUGCCUAAUGGAGUUGGCAGGAUGCAGCUACUAGCACUGGACUGCAUGCAUGCAUGUAGUGCAGCAGCUAGCGCGCCACCAAAGCACUGCACCUUAAUUAGCUUUGAGAAAUAAAAGUGGCCAUGGCAGAAAAUCAGUCUAUAUAUACUGUGCAAGUGUGCAGGUACCGAUGGAGCUUUACUUUUA